GAAUGACUUAAUCUGAACCUUGACAUUUAUUAGAACAAAUAGAAUCAACUUAAAGAACUUAGGUCACCAUAUGACGAGUGAUUAAAGAACACUAAGACGUCAGUUGUUUGAUCGAUAUCGACAAACAAUCUUGUUGAUUACAUUUUAUUUUAAGAAUUUUAUUAAUUAUCUUUUAUUGAGUCACGCUAUUAUCAACUUUUUCGAAUUCUAUUUAUUUUCAUUGCCAUGAACAACAUACAACAGUCCAUAACAUGCACUUUUCUGACAUUUUUGGCACAUCUCAAGACCGAACCGAUGUUUUCCAAUCUGACGAAUUAAUGUUUUCUAAUAUCUUUCUCCCCAUGAGCACAUUUAAUGGUCUAUUGCUGGAAAUUAAGCCCAAAAUUCGGACUAUUUUAAAAUGUGACUUAAAAAGAUCGGAAUUUUGUUUUUUAAAAUUUCCUUAAAUUUCGAAAAGUUAAAAAUUUACCAAAAUAUUUUGCAUAGUUGUAUGAUUUCAGAUAUUUAGAACACAAAUUUUCUGAAAAUUCCAAAAGUUGAAAAGGUUAAUGCCGUGCAUAAAGCAGAAUUCUAAAAGGAAAAGGGAGAAAGAAUUCUUAAAACGAAUAUAUAUUUUUUUUUUUUCAGCAUAAAUGUAAUCUACCUCACCGAAAAGUAUGAGGAAACAAAGGGAAGAUUUGUAUUUGGGUGUUGAGACAUUGAAACCGCACCAGACUUCAAAUAUGGAAUCCUCUAAAGAAAACUUAAGUGCCUCCCGCGAAGCUUUGGAUAUUCUGAUGGAGUUGUCAAACAUUUUGAACACUGGCCUAGAUUCUGAGACAUUAUCCUUAUGUAUCCAGCUUUGUGAAUCAGGGGUCAACCCAGAUGCUCUUGCUGUUGUUAUUCAUGAGCUGCGCAGUGCUAAAAAGCAACUGGCCCAAUGAACCAUACGACAAUGUUUCCUUUUUUUUUUUUUUUUUUUCCUACAGGAACCCUAAAAACGUUGUUUCCUCUGAUUAAGGAAACAGACUGACACUUUUAAAUCAUCCAAUAAAUUUUGUAUAUAUAUUUUUA